AGGAUAUUGAGUAUUGGGCAACUUUCCAACUGUCGCGUUACAAGGCGUCUGGAGAUUUUGGUAUUUCCUUGUCCACCUAUCUGCAUUGCAUAAAUGUCCAUCAUUUUUGUAAUGGUCUCAAAACACUUUUUAUUUGUGUGUGGUUUCAUUCAUGGUCACCAAUAUUGAGCAUUUUUACUUGUUCGUUUGAAAUAAUUAACACUCAAGUGUUAACGAUAUGGCCCUUAAAAGUUCUCUUAAGGUAUAUUGCUGACUACCAUUAAUCCGAUCCUUGGGGGACUCUCAUGAAGAAUGGACCAAAGGAUACUAAAACUGGAAGAGCACGUUAAUGAGACUUUGAAAACGGACCUCAAAAAAACUUUAGAUGCUGGGGACUUAGUGUAUGGUCAAAUUUCGGAAUAUUUGGAACUAAAAAAUCUUAUUGAAAAAAUGAAGGAUAUCGAUGUCCCUCAAAAUAACUUAAAAACCAAAGUAAAUGUCGGAAGCAAUAUUUAUGUAAAUGGAUUGAUUUAUUCUGUUGAACCUAUUGCAGUUGACAUUGGCCUAGGAUUUUAUCUUGAGUGCAGUCAUGCUGAAGCCUUAAAUAUCAUUGAUUCGCGCAUCUCUAUCCUGAACGGCCGUGCCGAUAUGUACAAGAAAAGAGCUAAUUCUAUAAAAGCUCAGAUAAAGUUGUUUCUAGAAGUAAGUUAUCUGGUUAUUUCUAACAUUGUUUUAAGGGUCUCCGAAAUCUCCAAAAUAUCAAACGAGACUGCUAAACAGUAAGAUUUUUCUGUGAAUAUAUGUAUUUUACAUUUACUUAGAAGAAAGAUGCUUCAAAACAGUUUUAUGCUAGAACUUAUUUUACCAAUAAACUGAAUGCCUUUCGUUUUGCAUGUAACUCGAAUUUAAGUCCUUAAUUUUAGCAGACAAUUGUGAACCCAUGAAUGUUUCUGCUAUGUUAUAUGUAAACACCAAUAUAUUCAUGAGUGCUUCAUAUAACAGUGAAUUGAAAUAUAAGUCACACCUUUUGUCAUA